AUGAAAGAUGCAAGAGGAGCCUCGGAAAGGAAUCUAACCAAUGUUGACGACAAUAGCAAACGUAAAAAGGACUAUGAUUUGAGAGUAUGCACCUGGAAUGUACGAACAUUGUACAGGCCCGGAGCUGCUCAACAACUAGCGGAUACCCUCAACGAAUGUAAAGCUGACAUUACUGCAAUCCAGGAAAUGCGAUGGAAAGGACAGGAGAACUGCGACAUAUACUACAGCUGCCAUACAGAAAGGCAUGAGUUUGGUUGUGGUUUUGUGGUAGGUGCCAAAUUACGGCAUCGUGUCUCUCAUUUUUUGCCAAUAAAUGAGAGAAUCGCAAUCAUCCGAAUAUCUGCCAAAUUCUUUAACAUCAGCCUGAUAUGCGUGCACGCCCCAACUGAAGAAAAAGACGAUGCGACUAAGGAUGCUUUUUAUGCGGAGCUCGACCGAUCUUACGGCCGCUGUCCAUCUCAUGACAUUAAAAUCCUCCUUGGAGACUUUAAUGCCAAGAUUGGGCGAGAAAGUGUCUUUGGAGCAACUGUCGGGCAAUUUAGCCUGCAUGAGACUACCUCGAGCAAUGGACUCAGACUAAUUGGCUUUGCCGCAUCGCACAAUAUGGUGGUACGUAGCACUGGUUUUCGUCAUCUAGACAUUCAUAAAGCAUCCUGGAUUUCGCCCGAUCGACUGACUCGUAAUCAGAUCGAUCAUGUUGUGAUUGAUGCACGGCAUGCAUCUAGCAUACUUGACGUACGGUCUUUUCGGGGUCCCAAUAUAGACUCUGACCACUGGCUCGUUGCAGCCAAGGUUCGCACACGGCUAUGUGUGUCGAAGAUUGUACGCCGAGGUUUGUCAAGAAAGCCGGACUUCGAAAAACUGCACUCACAACAGACGAAGGAUGCGUUCUCCACUCGACUCGCUGGCUUACUGAGCCAGCCCUCUCCAAUGCCUGAAAGCAUUAGUGAUAUGUGGGCGCACAUAUCUCACUCCCUGCAAGCCUCCGCGGAUGAAGUGCUUGGUUUCCAGGGCCCUCCCGUAAGGAACCCAUGGUACGACCAGGAAUGCCGUGAAGCUACAGCUGCAAAAGACGCUGCAUACCAAAGAACGCUGCAAGCUGGAGCCACCCGUGCCCUGGUGGAUGCCUACAGGAUAAGGAGAAAAGAAGAAAAACGCCUUUUCAGACGCAAGAAACGGGAACUCGAAAGGCGUGAAUGUGAGAGUAUAGAGUGUAGUAGAGACAGGAAUGAUGCGCGCAAUUUUUACCAGAGGGUCAAGCGUCUGACCCAAGGUUUUAAGACCGGUGGGUUUGCGUGUAGAGAUGAUGACGGAAACCUGGUCCCUGACAAGGACAUUGUACUGAAGUUAUGGAGGGAUCACUUCUCCACACUAUUGGCUGGCGAUGCUCCAAGCCUCGGAGACAGUGAUUCACUAACCCCGAUCGAUGAUGACACCGAUAUACCGGCCCCGAGUCAUAUUGAAGUCGCAGCCGCCAUACAGCGGUUAAAGAACAAUAAAGCUCCUGGCGCUGAUGGCCUAUCAGCUGAAUUGUUCAAGGCAGGUGGCGAUGUGUUGGUAGGGUGCAUGCACCAACUCAUUUGCAGGAUAUGGCUCAUGGAAAAUAUGCCCAAUGAUUGGAACCUCAGUCUGAUCUGUCCCAUCCUGAAGAAGGGUGAUGCCACACAGCGCACCAAUUACCGUGGCAUUAGCCUUCUACCCGUCGCAUACAAGGUCCUCACGAGCGUAUUGUGUGAAAAACUGAAACCACAUGCUGAGGCACUGAUUGGACCUUAUCAGUGCGGUUUCCGACCUGGUAAAUCCACCAUGGACCAGAUUUUUACACUGCGACAAAUCCUGGAGAAGUCGCACGAGAACCAAAUCGACACUUAUCAUCUUUUUGUCGACUACAAAGCCGCAUUCGAUAGCCCGCGACGCGAUCUCCUAUAUGCCGCCAUGUCUGAGCUUGGUAUUCCUGCAAAGUUGACGCGACUUUGCAGAAUGACAUUGAGCAACACCAACAGCUCUGUCAAGGUAGGACACGACCAGUCCGAAACCUUCAAUACUAAGCUAGGUCUCAGACAAGGGGAUUCGCUCUCAUGUAUGCUCUUUAAUCUCUUGAUGGAGAGUAUUAUAAGAAAGGCUGGUGUGCAUCGGACGGGCACAAUACUGACGAACAGGUGUGUCCAACUGCUUGCAUACGCUGAUGAUAUAGACAUCAUUGGUCGCACAAAGCGUGAUGUUACCGCAGCUUUCGGAGCAAUCGAAAAAGAAUCGGCUAAAGUAGGUUUAGCAGUAAAUAUGGAGAAAACAAAGUUUAUGGUGUGUUCUAGUAGAGAAUCGCGGCGUCUCGAUUCUCAGCUCACUGCAGCGAGCUAUAGCUUUGAGUCCGUCAAGGAAUUUAUAUACCUUGGUACUGCUGUGACUGGAAACAAUAAUGUCAGCCUGGAGAUUAAGAGAAGAAUAACACUUGCCAAUAGGUGCUACUUUGGGCUCGUGCUUCUAUAUGGGGCAGAAGCCUGGACAGUAACACAACCAGAUGCAGCAGCUCUUGAAGUAUUCGAGCGAAAAAUUCUUCGAAAAAUCUUCGGUCCUGUUUGCGUUGGCGAUACCUAUCGUAUCAGAUGGAACCACGAGUUGUAUGAGCUGUACGAUGACAUUGAUGUAGUCAGCAGGAUUAACAUCCAGCGACUCCGUUGGCUAGGUCAUGUGGUACGCAUGGAAGAGGUAGCUCCAGCUCGGAAGGUGUUUGAAGCGGUGGUAAGCGGACAACGUAGGAGGGGAAGACCAAGGAUUCGAUGGCAGGACCAAGUGAUUCAACCCAUUGCAUCACUUGGUAUUGCCAACUGGCGUGGACGCGCCCAGGACAGGGACGCGUGGAGGGAACUAAUGCAUCAGGCUGUGACCCGUUAG